GCCCCCUGUUUUCUCUACUACUUUCUGCUCUACUUCCUGCACAGUCGGCUCCACUUCCGGUUUCAAUCCAGGGCGCAUCCAUGUUUAAUUCACCCGAUUUUGGUUGAUUUUGCCCCAAAUUUUCGCCAUGCCGGAACAAAUAAGCGUGGCCGAGUUUCUGGAGGAGACUCGGGACGACUAUUCCUCGCCAACAACCUCCAACUUCGUCUGCAAAAUGCCGCUGAUGAAGAGUACAGUGUCCGUCUUGGAAGAGGAAACCUUGGACUUGGACAGAAGCGGGCUCAGCAAGAUGAAGAAGUCUGUCAAGGCCAUGGUCACCUCUGGAACAAGCCAUGUUGCCAAUGAGACAAUGUUCAGUGAGAAUAUGGAGAAGCUGGGAAACAACGCCCUAUCCCGGGACCAUGACCCAGACAUAGAUCAACGUGCCAUCAUAGGAGCGGCGUUCCUGAAGUUUUCAGUCUUCACCAGAGAGCUGACGGCCCUCAUGAAAAGUUUGGUGCAAAAUCUGAACAACAUAGUGAUGUUCCCACUAGACUCCUUAUUGAAGGGGGACCUAAAAGGAAUCAAAGGGGACUUGAAGAAACCAUUUGACAAGGCUUCCAAAGAAUAUGAUGCCAAAUAUUCCAAGAUAGAGAAAGAAAAGAAACAGCUUGCUAAGGAUGCAGGACUAAUAAGAACAGAGGUCUCUGGUGCUGAGGUGGCAGAAGAGAUGGAGAAGGAAAGAAGAAUGUUUCAGUUGCAAAUGUGUGAAUACUUGAUAAAAGUAAACGAGAUCAAGACCAAGAAGGGAGCAGAUUUGCUGCAGCAUCUUGUGGAGUAUUAUCAUGCACAGAACAAUUACUUUGCAGAUGGAAUGAAAACAGUAGAACAAUUCAAGUCAUAUGUGGACAAACUCAGCACUGAACUGCAGAGAAUUAAAAGGUCCCAGGAUGAAGAGAAGAAGCAGCUUGUGGAACUGCGUAACCAGCUGAGGUCAUCCAUGCAGAUUGACAAGGAAAAAGAGUCGCCGCCGCUGUCACGUUCCCACACCCUCAGCAGAAUUAGCAAACAGCAUUUCGCCUCCUCCAAGAGAAGGCUCUCUCAGCACCUAGUGGACUACUCGCACUCCUUUUUGCAGACCAGCACCACCAGCAGCUCCCAGUCGCUGAACCAGACACCCGGAUACCAGCUGCACCAGAUGCAAGGCAACAAGGCGCACGGCUGUGAGAAAACCGGCUUUCUGCUCAAGAAAAGUGACGGAAUAAGAAAGGUGUGGCAGAAGAGAAGAUGUACCAUUAAGAAUGGAUACCUAACUAUUGCUCAUUCCACUUCCACCAAGCCCCCAGCAAAGCUAAACCUUCUGACUUGCCAAGUGAAACUGACUCCAGAGGACAAAAAGUGCUUUGACCUCAUUUCCUACAAUAGAACAUACCACUUCCAAGCAGAGGAUGAAGACGACAUGUUACAAUGGAUGUCGGUGUUAUCAAACAGUAAGGAGGAGGCCCUGAACAACGCGUUUGGUGAGAACAAAACCAGCCAGUCUUCUGAGGAGAACAGCGUGGCAGAACUGAGACAGAACAUCAUCUCUGAAGUGAAGAGAAUGCCGGGCAACGGGCAGUGCUGUGACUGCAAUGCUGCAGACCCCACCUGGCUGUCUACCAACCUGGGAGUGCUGCUGUGUAUAGAGUGUUCAGGAGUCCACCGAGCUCUGGGAGUUCACAUCUCCAGAACACAGUCCUUAGAACUGGACGUCUUAAACACUUCAGAAUUACUGCUUGCCAGAACUGUGGGUAACAUGGGGUUCAACGACAUUAUGGAAUCUCGACUCGACCCCUCCCAGAAACCCACGGCCAACAGCACCAUGGAGGAGCGGCGGGAAUUUAUCCAGGACAAAUACGUCCACCACAAAUUUGCCACUGAGAUGUCCCUGCACGAUUUGUGCUCGGUUAUUCAACAAUGGCCGUCGGAAACCGACGCGUCUGAGGGGGAAGAAAGGAAGGAGUUUAUCCACGAGAAGUACGUCCAGCACAAGUUCCCCAUCAAGACAUGCUCAGAUAACGAGAUGAUGCUACAGGACCUGUGUCAGGCCGUCCUGUCACGGGACAUCUUCGCUCUACUCCAGGUGUUCGCUGAGGGGGUGGACAUGACAGCACCUCUUCCUGGUUAUGACCAGGGUGAGACAGCCCUGCACCUUGCCAUGAUGCAGGAGGAUGGAACAUCUCUACAUGUGGUUGACUUCCUGGUACAGAACAGCAAUAACCUUGAUGUGAAGACAAAGGCAGGGAACACUCCGCUGCACAUCUGUGCUCUACAUGACCAGACAGAGUGCAUGAAGCUGCUCCUCAGGAGCAAACCCAAACUCGACAUUGAUAAUAAUGACGGUGAAUCAGCCCUGGCUGUGUCAGUGAGAAAACAGCACCGGGUUUGUCAGGAGAUGUUGGAGCAGGCAUCUCAAGGGAAGCUGACCCUGUGUGAGAACAUCAACAUGGACUGGGCGCUGUCGCAGGACUAUGAGGAUGGACACCUCGACUUCAGCGAUGAUGAACUGGACGAGAAAGACAGAAUCAGUCCUGACAAAAAGAAAGCUCCCCGGCCGCAUAGCGUAUUCUCCUCUAUGACGCCAGAGAAACCAUUCAUGCGCGAGCGGUCGUCCUCCACGAGAGAGCGGCAGAGACCGUCCACGACAGUUGGUGAGCUGAUGAGCGCCAUCCCGCCUCCAUCCACCGCACCUCCCCCGCCGCCUACAAGAACUAAAAGUGAGACAAGGAAGGACACGAAAGGCAACUUAAUCGCUCUGCCGGCACAUAUGAAGGGACACAAGCGAACGUACUCUGACCCAGGCAGCCCUCCGCCCGUUGUCAUAGUAACCGACGUCGACAAUUUUCCCGAAGGAGCAACAGGAGGAAUAGCCCGUACAGGGUCUUUGAACGGAGAGCACAAUCGUAGCAGGACGCAGGAGCCGCCACCUCGCCCCCCUCCCCCCAAUCGACCUCUAAAACCAGAAAUCAAAGUCUUGCCCCCUCGACCCCCACCUCCCCCAGUCAGGGGCGCCUCCAUCACGAUCAAGCCAGGUACCCAGGUGUCCGAGGAAGACAUGCCUCCACCUCCACCUGUUCCCAAGUCACCUGGCGUUAUCGAGCAGAUGGAAAAAGACAGACACCACGGAGAGGAGCGGCCAUUUAUGUCCACAUUCCUCGGUGAGAAGCCCCAGCCCCUACCUCGGAACAAGGCCGUGUUAGACCGAGGGGCGCCCCCCACCCCACCUCCCAAACCUAGAUCGUCUUCCAUGCCAACACAGCCGCAAGCUGUUGCCAUCAAAAUCUCUGUGUGUGUUCCAAGUCCAGGUGCAUCCCCAGCUGCUCCUCGAAAGUCCGUUGACAGCCUGUCCAUGAACAGCGCAGAAGGAGACAUUGACAGCUCACCAGACAGAAGCCCUUCUCCCGUACCCUUACCUAGAAAGACUCAACCAUUUCUGGGAGGAUUUUUGACCAGGUAUGAGCAGACGAAGUCGCGACGAGUCCGAGCAGCCUUCCGCUGCAAGGCCGACAACGCGGACGAGCUCACUUUCGCUGAAGGAGAGAUCAUCGUUGUCCUAGCAGAGCCAGACAAGGAGUGGUGGGAGGGCCACAUCGAGGGUCAGCCGGAGAGACGAGGGCUCUUCCCUGUGAGCUUUGUCCAUGUGCUGAGUGACUGAACAAAAGAAGUAGCCAUGAGAGGUAGCCAUAGAAAAGUGACAGAAAGAUUGAAGAUCUUUCAAAGGUUUUAGAUAGAAAUUUGAAUGCUACGAUGCUGAUGCUAAAAGUCAAGGAUCUACUGAAUGUCUUGGACCAGCCAAGAAGGUUGGAGCAUCUUUCUUCUAGUACCAGAAGUUGUGAGUGGAGGAAAGGUAUCAUCAGGCAAUAUGUGGGUCAAAGGUUGUAGGUCAAAGGUCAAGUGUAAAACAUUGUCUUGCAGUCACUGCUGCUCUGUGAGCAAUGGUGUUGCAUCUUAGAAUGUGUAUUACUACAGAAAAAAAUAUCACACAAUGCAAGGUUUUAGAUUACAAUUAUUUACACUAGGCCACAACAAUUUCUAUGUUUUCAUGAGAUUUUGCCACACCAUUUUAUGUGAUUUGGGCAAAAAAGAGAAAGAUCAUUCAAGAUAUAGAUAAACCCUUCACAUUUUGUGCCAACAGUUGAAUAAAGUCUUUGUCUUCCUAGUUGUUACAAUUUUUGCAGAAAUAUGUAAAAGAAAAAUGAAUUAUGUUGACUUCAUAGUGACUUCAUUCAGAGGAGUCCAGGUUUCUUGUUGUUUUUUCAUAUCAUCUACCUGUUUCUUCUCUUUUUGUUUGGAAUCUGAGAAACGAGAAAUGAAAUUGGUGUGGCCUAAGACAUACUGAAUAUUUCAAUCAAGACAAAGCAAUGAAAACGUUACAAAGCAAACAACAAAAAUCCAAUUAUGGCAAAGUGAAACAAAAAGUGAUUGUGUGUUGUCAGAAGAGGAUUUUAGAAAUGAAACAAACAAAGAAUAAUUUGUUUUUUGAAUGCUUCAUUCAUAGAUCUUUGAAGCAAGGAGAUUUCAUGUGUACAUCAUGAAAAGAACAAUCGACUUCAAAAAUCUUGCCAAGAAUUUGACCUUGACCUUUGACAUUAGUUGUAGUUACAGUAUUACCUAUGAUGUUGCCAUAGCGACAGUUUUUUUUACAGUAUCUCAAAUCAUGAAACUACAAAUAAUAAUAAACUGUAAGUCUUCUGAUUCUCUAUAGCUCAAAUACUCCUGUUGAAUCAUGAAACAAAAGCUGAAGUAACAAUGAUAGAGAAACAAGGAAACCCUGUGAUUUUGUAAAGAAGAUGGGACAUUCCAUGUACAAAUUUUAGGAGGGGUGUUUUUUAUGAAAUGUGGAUUAUGAAAGACUCAUCCACAUUCAAUAUUGUGUCCUCUCUUUUGUGAUAAUUGAAGAGAAAAAAUCAUAUCAGAACUAAUAACUGAAUUCAUACAACUAAAUUAAGAAUACUCCGUAACUUAUUGUAUUGUAUUGCAUUGUACUGAAGUUAAUACUCAAGGCUUAGACAUGCUUACAGCAGCUGUAUACUACAGUUAUUGGUGUUUUAAGGACACUUUGAAGUACGAAAAAAAAGGAUGGACAGCUGCAUUUAUAAAUUCACAACACAUAUAUCCAUGAAAACAAAGUUCUAAUUGCGUCUCCAACUGAAGGUUAGAUUGUGAAUUGAACAAGCAGUAGAUAUGAAAAAAGACAAAGUUUUGGCGUAAAGUUUUGGGAAGCUUCAGUAAUUAGAAGAAAGGGAAUAAUGAAAUUCUGCUACCCACCUCUACCCUCCUCAAAUUUAUACAAUGGAACAUUCCAAGGAAUUUUAACAUAGGACUAGUCCAAGUUGUAGCAUGGGAGGGGUGAUGAGUUGUUGCCAGUGCUCAAUGUUUGAGUUGGAGAAGCCAAGUUUGUAAAUACUAUAGUUACCAUGGGCCAGUAUUUUACUUGACUUUGAUAAAAUGGUGUUUUUAUGGGGUCUUCAUUAGUAUAAGUAAUUACAGUAGAUUUACAACAAGGAGGCAUUUUGUGUGGCAAGUUUUUGGAUAAUGUGAAUUUGUGAAAAGUGCUACAGUCAAACCUGUACAAGUGACCACCUCUGCAUAAGGACCACAUGGCCAUUGAGAAUUACAGUCAAACCUGUACAUUCAAGUGACUGCCUACAUAUGAGGACCACCUGGUUAUUAAUAUACUGUAAAAUCUGUACUAGUGACUACCUUGACAUAAGGUUUGCCUGACCAUGUCUAAAAGGUUAGAGUUAUUUGAAUUUAUUUGAGGGCCAUUGGUGGCUGUUCCAGUUUGAGAGUCUGACAAGGUAUCAAUUUUUAAAAAGUGCAAAAAUGGUGAGAUUUCGUCUGUGGACAAUAAUGCUAGGAUACAGCUUACAGUUUUGCUACCUAGUAUACAUUUUGUGUCUGUUCUAUAACUUGCUAUUGACAAAAGCUACCUGUAGUCCCUAUCAAAACGUCUAGAACUGAACAUUGCUUGUCUUUUUUAGUAUCUACUGUAACUAAAAUCCUUCAAGAUACUGAAGGUAUGAUCUCCAAAAUGCCAUUCUUCCUAUUUGUAUUUUAAUGUGCCAUAUCAGUUGAAUUAUUGACAAGCACCAAUGCUAAUUUUGUAACCCAAAAUUGUCCAAAAUGCUUCCUUGUUGCAGAUCUUUACAAGACAUCUUUAAAAAAAUAGUGACCCCUUUACCCAAACAGGGUGUUUGUGAACAAUCUUUGUGUAAAUGUACAUAUUUAAGAGAUACUUUCUGUGUCAACUCAAAUGAAACUUUUCUAUAUCUAUCUAUACACACAAGUAAACUAUUAGUACAUGUAGUCAAGAUGAUUGUCAUUGGGGUAUAUCGCAAUGGUGGUAAACUUAUAUACUAGCUGCUUGUGUGUGCUGUGGAAAGAGUAAAGAAUAAGUGGUCAAAUACAUUCAUG